AAAAUGUGGAAUAGAGGCUCUGCAGUCUAUACACUCUACAUCAGCCACCAGGAGGGGUUUUAUUUUAUUUGGUCAAGUUUUCUUGCGAUUUUUUGCGAUAAUAGGAAAACAAAUUAUAAAUAAUUAUAAAAUAGGAAAAAAAUAAGAGUUGUCAAAAUCGAGUGGAGAAGGAAGGGUAGCAGAAUAGCUCAUACACUUGGGAUUGGGAUUGAGAUUGAGAUUGAGAUUGAGAUUGAAAUUGGGGUUGGGGUUGGGGUUGGGGUUGGGAUUUCUGAUUUGGAUUGGGUGCUGCUUUCUUUUUUCUCUUUAAUUUUCUUGUUUAAUUGUGAACUUACUCGAUUUCAUUCAUUAUAUAGGGUUUACUGCUGUUCAAUUCCUUUUCAAUUCAAGAAUUCGAAUUGGAAUUGCCAUGGAUCCCUUUCAUUUGCUUGUGUUUGAUUUCCACCUUCGUAGAGGUUUAGGGUAGUUCUUCAGAAGCCUCUUGUUUUAUUUUCUUUCUUUGGAAUUCAGUUUUUGUAUGUCUACUGCAUUUUGAUCAAGAAUGAGCUUUUCUAAACAAGGGUCGCCAACAACUCAAACUAAUCUGGACACGCCAACCAGGGGAACUUCUCUUAAUCCAAAUGCUGCUGAAUUUGUUCCCUUUUCCCUUAGACCAUCCCCUGGGACUACCACUAUUGUAGAUCAUGUACCUACAAAAUUCUCUGCUUCUGCCUCAUCUGGGAAACGGGUGCUCGAUCGAUCAGAGUCCUCUAUUUCGAUUAAUUCUGAUGAAGAAGCCCGUCAAUAUUGGCAGCAGCAACUCCCUGAUGACAUCACUCCCGACUUCAAAGUUACCGGAGAGGACGAUCAUCAUGGAGUUGAUACUCUUUCAUUAGCUUCAUUGUCACUACAUGGUGCCUCUGAAACAAACAGGAUGUCUGCUGCUAUUGGUAGUGGCUACAAGAUGAAUGAGGCUUUUGAAUUAGCUGCUCAUCAUACUAAUGGUGGUGCAUUUACCGAUAAGAUUGGAACUCCCAUUUCCAUGUAUGGAGAUGAUCCGUCUUCAACAGCUUAUCAUCAGAGGACUGAUAGGCCAUGGGAAAUGCAAAUUUUGGGUGCCGAUCAUCUCUUUGGAAAUGGUAGGGAUGUGAGCUCUUUUGAUGAAACUACACUACACACCAAUCUUAAUGAUAUGGCCCCUGAAAGUGCCAUAAUUGAGAACCGCAUGAACCAUGUAGAGUUUCUGGCUUCGCAGUUUCCAGGUUUUGCUGCAGAAAGCCUGGCUGACGUAUAUUAUGCCAAUGGUGGUGACUUAAAUUUAACUAUGGAGAUGCUAGCUCAGCUUGAGCUUCAAGUGGAUGGAGGUUUAAUCCAAAACAUGAAUCCGAAGACCUUAUCUGCUCCAAACCUGACAUCAAUGGAUUUCCCUGCCCUUCCUGUUCUAGAGAAUAAGACCAACCUGCGUAAAUACACUGGAGAUGAACUCCAGCAAAAUGUUAAUUCUUAUGGAUCCUCUGAGAAGGACAACAUGCUUUUGUUUAGAUCCAGUUCUUUAAGUGCUAAAGGUGCUACUGAUUUUGCUUCAGCUGUUCGGAAGUUAUCACCCCAAGAUUCGAGCUUGUGGAAGUAUGACAGAAGUGGUUUAUCUGAUGUUGCUGUUGGUUCAAGUAGAAGUUCUCAUGCUUCAUCUGGAUCUUACAACACUGGUGCUGGAAGAAGUGCCUAUGGCGAUAGGAUGCAGGGUCGUGGUUCUGCUCGAGCUGCACCUGUUUGGCUUGAGACUGGAGAUGCAGUUGCUAACUUAUAUUCUGAAGUCCGGGGAGAAGCGCGUGAUCAUGCACGCAUACGAAAUGUGUAUUUUGAACAGGCUAGUCAGGCUUAUCUAAUGGGUAACAAAGCAUUAGCUAAGCAACUGAGCAUGAAAGGGCAGCUGCACAACAUACAGAUGAAGGCAGCUCAUAACAAAGCUCAGGAAUCUAUAUAUCGUCAGAGAAAUCCAAUUAGUCUGGAACAGCAGGGUGGUGGCAGAUGCCAGGAAAAGAUGAUAGACUUGCAUGGUCUGCAUGUGAGUGAAGCUCUUCAUGUGCUGAGGCAGGAGUUGAAUGCUUUGAGGAAUGCAGCUAGGUUGGCUGAUCAGCGGUUAUAUGUGUAUAUUUGUGUUGGGACAGGACACCAUACCAGAGGCUCUCGCACUCCUGCUAGACUUCCUAUUGCCGUCCAGCGCUACCUGCUUGAGGAAGAGGGUCUUGAGUACAGUGAACCGCAGCCAGGGCUGCUUCGUGUUGUGUUAUACUGAUAACUGAAUUAGGGUAAGAAAGUAGUGUAUGCUUAGGAUUUUUUUGUUGUUGACACAAGUCACCCAGCACUCUUUAAAUCAUCAUUUUUGUGCAUCUGUACAUGGGAAGAUAAAUUAGUGCUUAUUCAGGAGAAAACAAAGCAAAAGGAGGGGAAAAGAAAAGAGAAACGGAAAUGUUGAUAAGAGGGAAGAAACGGGGGCAGACAUGUAUCGUUUUGGAUGGUUUGUGGAACUGUCCCAUACCGUCACUUCCCCUUACCAACAGAAAAAGAUGCUUAAACUCCUGUUCCCCAGUAGGUCUCACAUGUAUCAAAUAGAACUCAUUCAAAUUCGCAAGUCAAAAUUGUUACAGUAUAAUGCUCAAUUUUGUCCUCAAA